AUCUGAAACGCAACUGGUGUGAGUGAUUCUAGCGUUUUCUCUCGUCGCAUCUUCUUUCUUCACCUUUGACCCUAAAACUCUGCAAAUCUGCUUCACAGUUUCUCGAGUUUUCAGGUUUAAUCGAUUUUGAUGUUGUUGCUAAUCCCGUAGGAAUCAGCCAUAAAAGUAGCCAUCCUUGAAGCAAAACAUAGCCCAGAAGUUGGGGAAUUGCUCAAAUCUCGGAGAACUUCUUCGGCAUUGAGACUUUGGUCAUUAGAAAAAUUGAAUGAUACGGAUACACGACAGGCAUGGAGUGCAACAAAGACGAGGCGGCAAGGGCGAAAGAAAUUGCAGAGAACAAGUUCAAAAUGAAAGACAUUGCUGGGGCCAAGAAAUUUGCCUUGAAAGCUCAAAAUCUGUAUCCAGAGAUAGAAGGUGUUUCUCAGAUGUUAGCAACCUUGGAUGUGUAUAUUGCUGCAGAAAACAAAGUAAACGAGGAUGUAGACUGGUAUGGAAUACUCAAUGCAAGUCCGCGCGAUGAUGAUGAAACGUUGAAGAGAAAGUACAGGAAGCUUGCUCUAAUGCUCCACCCCGAUAAAAACAAGUCUAUAGGAGCUGAAGGAGCAUUCAAACAUGUUUCUGAAGCUUGGAAAUUCUUGUCAGAUAAGGAAAAGAGAGCAGCUUAUGAUCGUAGGAAAAGUUUGCACUCAGUUUAUCAGAAGGUCACAGUUUCGUCUUCUAAUAACGGUUUCUGCAAUUUCGCCAAGACUACUUUCACCACAAAUGCGAGGACGAUGACCCAGAGGAACAAUCAGCCAGCCCAGAAGAACAAUCCGCCGGCCCAGAAGAACAAUCCGCCGACCCAGAAGAACAAUCUGCAAAAGCCAGUUGGUAAUACACAGAAAACUGGACAGACGGAACAUCAAACAACAAGACCAAGUUCAUUUGCUGCAUCUGCAUCAUCAGACCAAUCAAAGUCGAGUACUUUCUGGACAGUCUGCAGGAGAUGCAUGAUGCAGUACGAGUAUCUAGGAUUUUAUGUCAACUGUAACCUUCGGUGUCCUAAUUGUCUACAGUCGUAUUUGGCAGUAGAAGUCCCUAAACCAGGUAUAUCAAGCCGUUGGAGUAGCUUCAGCCGUCUAAAGCAAAACCUGGAUCCGAAGUCAGCUGCAAACCACAACACUACUUCAGGUUUAUUUAAUAACUCCAAGUGGACAUUCUCAAGAACCAGCAGUGCAGCUCAUGCUGCUAGUGUGGUUCAACAGGCUUAUGAGAAGGUCAAGAAAGAACGCGAGCAGGCGAAAGCAACCGCGAGAAGAGAAAAGAAGAACGCCAAAAGGAAGAGCACAACUGAUUCGUCUGCUUCUGGUAGUUCGCUUAAAAAAAGGAAAGUUCGUGGAGAAAAUGAUGUCGGUUGCUCUGGUGGAAGAAAGGUCACUUACUGUGUGACUGGUGAAACCGGAAAAAACAUGAGAAAGUUAGAACAUGAAACCAAAGAGAGAUCGGACAAGUUCUCUCCUCGAAGAACCCAGAGAAAUGUUAGCAAGGAGGAUGUAAAGUCGCGUUAGCAUUCUGACUUGGUUGAGUGAGGUUUGAGUUAUGCAGGCAUAAUUGUGAUUGAUGGAUUCUCCAGGCUAUAACCAGUCACUAGGAUAUAUUUUGUAAGUUGGGUCAUUCGGUAAUAUUUGGGUUCUAACAUUAAUAGAGAAGACGAGUCUUUUUGGGCAGAGGACACAAACCGAUUUCCAAAAUUUUAAAACAGACUCAGUGUUAUGUCAAUUGGUGUGUUGUAGCAACAAUGACUUGGUUCCAUGACACUUUAAGUAAAUGCUCUGUUUCAGUGCUCUAA